AUGACCUACUCCGCUGUGCCUAUUGCCCCAAGCUUGGCAGAGUCGUUGAGAUCCACGAAAUGCGAAUAUCGCCAAGUAGGCAACUCAGGUCUCCGCAUUUCAGUCCCCAUCUUCGGGUGCGCGGGCUUCGGAGACCCUUCCGGCAUCCGGCCUUGGGUCCUCGGCGAAGAGGAUGCUGUCUGCCUCCUCAAAGCCGCGUACGACAGGGGCAUCAACACAUGGGACACGGCCAAUGUUUACUCCAACGGCGUGUCGGAAGCAAUCGUUGGCAAGACGCUGAAGAAGUAUGGCAUACCUCGAGAAAAAGUCAUCCUGAUGACCAAGUGUUUCUACGCCGUGGGCGAGGACCAGGACGUCCAGCAUGCUUUGAUGCCCGUAGAAAGCUCCAAGGACUAUCAGAACAUGUUUGGACUCUCGAGGGCGGCAAUAUUCAACGCCGUUGAAGCAUCGCUUCGUAGGCUCGACACGCCUUAUGUCGACGUCUUGCAAAUCCAUCGUUUUGACCCUCUUGUGCCUGUUGAAGAGACCUUGAAAGCGCUGGAUGACCUCGUCCGGUCAGGUAAAGUGCGAUAUAUUGGAGCAAGCAGUAUGUGGGCAUGCCAGUUUGCCCGCAUGCAACACACGGCUGAGUCACGUGGAUGGACCAAAUUUAUCAGUAUGCAGAACUGCUAUAAUCUUCUCUACAGGGAAGAGGAAAGGGAGAUGAUCCGUUACUGCAACGAUACGGGAGUUGGCCUGAUCCCUUGGUCUCCUCUUUGCAACGGCUGCCUUACGCGUCUGCCCUCUUCAACAGGGCGUGCUUUGAGUAAGAGAGAGGAGUUUGAAACCAAAUUUGGCGGUUCGCUUGGGAAUGUAGAGCCCGACUUAGCCAUCAGAGCCAGGGUCGCUGAGGUCGCCAAAAAGAGAGGCUGGCCCAUGAGUCAUGUUGCGCUGGCUUGGAUCAGUAAGAGAGUCACCAGCCCCAUCGUGGGAUUUACAAAGAUAGGACAAGUUGACGAUACUCUCGAGGCAAAGGGGAAGACUCUCACAAAAGAAGAAGAAGACUACUUGGAGGAGCUAUAUAGGCCAAAAGCAGUAUACGGUCACCAAUAA